AUCAAAUCAAAAAAAAUGUUUCUCGCUUCGAACAUGCAACACAGUAAGUCCGUGUACGUAAUACUGCUGGGCAGUCUGCUGUUAAUGGGCCUGGCCAUGGCCCAGGAGGAUCGCUCCGCGAACGCCCCCCAUGUGCGGCACAAGCGUGGCAUAUUCUGGGACUUUUUCCAGAAAAUGGUCGUCACCAAAAACCUUAUAGUGGAUCAAUACACGGACACCAGGAACACCCUGAAUGACAUUUACAACACGGUCAAUGAGCAGUUCAGCGAUCCGGGCCCGGCAAAGCCCACCAGUCUUCCACGCAGCACAACCGAGAAGUCGUCCGUCAGUGGGGAGGAGAGCGGGGGUGGGAGCAGCAGCAGCGAUGAACCCACAACCACAGAAGCAUACAGGAUAUCCCGUUACGAGCUGGGCCGUAUCCUGGGUCGCAACUUCCGCGGCUUGCAGCGCCUGGCGAUGAGCGAGUUUGGAGUGGCCCUCAAUGCCACCAAGUACAAUCUGAAGGAGUACAAGGCCGAGGCGGAUCAGCAGUUCGCCAACAGCUUGGCUGUCGAGAAGAAGAACAAACUGAAGAUGCUCAAGGGCUGACACUUGUAGAAGCUUCACCACCUUCAACCACCUUCCACCCCCUUCACCAGUGCCUGAUAGUAGUUGUCUCUGUGAUAGACUUCCUGCAUAAAUAUAUAUAUCUAUUCUGUUCUUUUUUUUUAUGGUUAUUUAUUUGUCAGUUUGUCUUUGUUUGGUUAUGAAAUAAAGUGGGGAAUGUGAAUGCGAAUGCGAGUGUCCCCAAGCGCAUGCGAAAUAUGUAUGUAUGUGUGUGGUAGUGUGUGUCUGCGACUAUUUUUGCGUCAUAUUAAAAAGUUUUCUGUCAUAAUUUUAUUGAUAAACUUUUAAGUAAAAAAGCAUCGCACGAAACUGUAACACUGGCCAAAAAUGGAAAACAAACCCCCCCAAACAAACACAUAGAUGAAGAAGCAGCAGCUCGAAAAAGAAACAGGAAACACUCAGUACGAUGGAACACAAAGAAAGAAAGCAGCAAAGUUGUGGGGUAUAAAACAUGAAAAUGGUUUUGGGCCGGUGCAUUCCAGCAUUCAGCAUCGCGUUAAUUCUUGGAGAAUUUAGU